AUGGUAAACUUACCAACAAAUGUUACUUCAAUAAAUGAACUAUUUACAUAUGAUAAACGAGGUGCAAUGAUAUAUAUCAUAGGUGUUCUAAUAUGGUAUGCUAUUGGAUUUGGUCUUAUACUUAUUAAUGGUAUUGGUCGACGACAAGAUCGUUUUAAAGUAUAUAAACAUUCAAAUAUUUAUCAAUCAACUGAUAAUUUAUAUGAACAAAAAAUACGUAAUGAUGUUUUAAUUGAACUUAAAGAUGAAGAGAAACGAAAAAAAUUAUGGGAAAUAUAUUAUAGUAACAAACAAAAUAUACAAAUUGUUAAUUGA